GUAGUAGGUAUAAAUAUACAGGAUUGUAUAAUAACACUUCUGCAGUUGUGUGAAUAACACAUGUCUACCAAAUGAGAGAAUCAGCUGUUAUGUUAUAGACAUAAAAUACAUGUUUCCUUUGUCUUCGUUAGGUGUUUUAUGAUUAAAUUCGAUUGAACAAAGACAAAAGACGAUUGCACACACAUUAGUACUAGUGGCAUUAUCCCAACCUGUAUACCCUUAGAUCUGAACAAAGGUUGCCAGCAUAACGAAGCGACGGCCAUUUAACGUGAGACUGAUAUUCUUAAGCGAAUAAAUAAAGAAGUGCACAGUUUAUGAUAAUAAUCUACGUCAAUCGAGGAUUGUAUUCAUGUGUAAUAAUUAAUAAGUGUAACGUUCCUUAUAUUAGAGACGGUGCGAUCACACCUACAAGAGCAUGAGACAGAUAAAUACAGUAAAUAUUUAUAAUGACUUAGUUUAAGCGCUUUUUAAAUUAACGAACGAAAUUCAGAGGGAGAGUGCGAUAUAUACAUUCAAAUGAGACAUGCGUGUGCGCGUAUUUUUAAAGAUAUUUAUCAGCUUAUACAGUGCUGGGUUCUGAUAAAGUUCGUUUACAACACAUUUGACGAGUUCAUUUACAAAUUGUUGGGACGUCCUUAUAAAAAAGGUUUCGUUGUAACAUAUUUUUUAGAUGGCUUCAUAUGAUAAUCUUUAAUGGAUUACUUCAAGAAAUUAUGUGGUAAAAGCACCACUAUUCCCACUGGUGAUGAUCUAGAAACUGUUGCUGAAAGAAAGGAACGAUGGAGGAGUAUCUAUGUCAUUUAUUUUACUAUGUUUCUUAUGUCCCUUGGAUUUAGUAUUAUAUUAACAGGUGUAUGGCCAUACCUUAAGAAAUUGGACAAGAAAGCAAACAAAGAAUUUAUGGGAUAUGUUGUUGCAGCUAAUCCUUUGGCACAAAUGCUCUUUUCCCCUUUAGUAGGAUGGUGGGGAGACAAAAGGGGUUCUAUAAGAUUACCUCUGUUAUUGACAUUAUUUCUUUUUAUAUAUGCAUCAGGAAUGUAUAGUGUUCUUGAAAUCUUACCAGCAAAUCGAAAAAUGCUCAUGGUAGUUGCUAGAUUCUUGGUCGGAGUUAGUUCUGCGAAUAUUGCUGUAGCAAGAUCUUACCUUUCUGCAGCUACAACAGUUGUAGAAAGAACUCAUGCAGUUUCUAUGGUAUCUCUUGCACAGGUACUGGGAUUUGUGGUAGGUCCUGGAUUACAAGCAGCAGUCACACCUCUUGGAGAGCAUGGUUUUUAUUUUAGCAAUUUACCAGUUAAUAUGUAUACUAUGCCUGGUUGGAUAAAUGUUUUAAUGGGAAUUCUUAAUUUUGUUAUGUUUCUACCAUGGAUUUUCAAGGAACGUAGGAUUGCUAUACGUGAAGCUAUGAGAAAUCAGGGAAAAGUAUCAGAAGAGGAAACAUUGAAGUCUAUAAAGCCUGAUUAUCUAGCAAAUUGGACAUUAAUUUGUGCUUUUUUUGUCUUGGUAUUUAAUUUCGUCCUUCUUGAAACUUUGGGUACUUCAUUAACCAUGGAACAAUUUGGUUGGUCAGAGAAAGAAGCUUUGUAUUAUAUGGGUCUGUUAAUGAGUAUUGGUGCUAUUGUAUCUUGUAUUAGUUUUGUUAUGAUCGAACCGCUAUGUAAAAGAUUCAAUGAACGCAAGGUGAUGUUAUGGGGUGGAUUUUUCUUCAUGAUAAUUGGAAGAAUAUUGUACAUCCCAUGGGGACCUGGUCCUCCGCCGAUUAAGUACGACCAGCCAUUUGAUAAUGGUACAACAAAUGUCAAUGCUACAGAAGCUGUAGGGUGUCCUAGUACUCAAGAGUGGUGUUUUUAUACACCUCAUGUCACGGUUACACAAUUUUUAAUUGGCUAUGGUUUCACUACUAUAGGCUAUCCAUUAGGAGUUACGUUAAUACAAACAAUCUUUAGUAAAGUAUUAGGACCACGACCACAAGGUGUUUGGAUGGGUUUUAUGACAGGCGCUGGAUGUGCAUCCCGUGUUUUAGGUCCAGUAUUUGUUAGUGUAAUUUAUACUCGUUUUGGAACAUACCAUACGUUUGGUGUUACCGGUUUAAUGCUCAUAUUAUGUAUGUUAUGGCUACGGAUUGUCGAUAAGCGUUUAAUACCUUCUAAAAAUCCUACAAAAGACCAAACAAAACCUGAUGCUGAAAUUCCAUUAGUUAGUCUUAAACUUAAUGAUAGUCAAGCAACAAAUGAUAUUGAAAGGAAUAAUGCAAGUGCAGAAUGUGAUAAGGUGCAGCCAUAGUUUUUUGUGCAAUUUUAUCUUUUUUUGUAAUAUUACGUAAUUAUACUUGGUUGCAAUUGAUCGUUGAAAAUGUAUUGAUAUUACAAAAUGCAACUAUAUUUUUUAUGAACAUUUACACGUUUUUCGUACAUGUUUCACAUUCAUAAAUAUGUAAAUAAGUUGCUAAUAAAUACAUGUAUAGGGAAUGGAGAAUUAUGGGGGAGGACGGUGAAGAUCUUAGGUAAAUGUAGACAAAUUGUUAUAGGAAUAAAAUUUUGUUUACU